ACUUAUACAUUCACCGCAACCACCAGCACCGUCGCCGCCUGUGACACUGGUUGUUGUGAUUACCGGAGCAGUGAUUUGCGGUUUUGUACCGUUAUUUCGGUCUUCUCUCGCUCGGCGAGGUCUGCCUCCCGGCACCGGGGGCCAUAGGUGUGGUCUUUGUUUUUAGUGCAUGACUAGGCUUCGUUCUGCAAAUGGGGUGCUGCUGGCUUUUCUGAUCGCUGGUCGCAUAGCUCUCCUUUACGUUUGGCACGGACGUGGCGUACUGGUAGAACGUGGAGAGGACAAAGGAGGGAGAGCCUGAGGCAGAUGACGGCGUGAGGGAGGACAAUCCAGUCGGUGGCAGCAAACGUUCCGGAAGAAUGAACAGCUCUAGUAAUGUUAUCCCGUGCUCCACGUCCGCCGCUCCCGUCAGUGCGGCGGGCAGCGGCGAGGCCGGCGCGGGGGAGGCACUGGAGGAGACGGCCAAGGACUCGGCAGACAUUGCUGCUUUUUACAGAUCUGGAAUUCAAAGAAAUGAGACCUUGAAAGCUAUGGAAGUGUUACCUGUAUUAAAGGAGAAAGUUGCCUACCUGUCUGGUGGUAGAGAUAAAAGAGGAGGUCCAGUUUUAACUUUUCCUGCUCGAAGCAAUCAUGAAAGAAUAAGACAAGAAGAUCUCAGAAGGCUUCUGUCAUAUCUUGCCUGUAUACCUAGCGAGGAAGUUUGCAAGCGUGGUUUUACAGUAAUUGUAGAUAUGCGUGGCUCUAAGUGGGACUCAAUUAAGCCUUUACUGAAGAUUUUGCAAGAAUCAUUUCCUUGUUUUAUUCACAUUGCACUAAUCAUAAAGCCGGAUAAUUUUUGGCAGAAGCAAAGAAUUAAUUUUGGAAGCUCCAAAUUUGAAUUUGAGACUAAUAUGGUUUCUUUAGAAGGCCUUACCAAAGUUGUUGAUCCUUCUCAGCUAACAUAUGAAUUUGAUGGUAGCUUGGAGUAUAACCAUGAAGAAUGGAUAGAAAUCAGGUUGGCAUUUGAGGACUUCAUUGGUAAAGCUACUCAUAUGCUUUCACGACUUGAGGAGCUACAAGAGAUGCUUGGUAACAAAGAACUGCCUCAGGAUUUAGAAAGUGCCCGAAGCAUGAUAGAUUCACAUUGUCAAUUAAAAAAAAGGGUAACUAAAGCCCCAAUUGAAGACCUUGAUAUAGAAGGACAAAAACUCAUGGAAAGGAUCCAAAACAGUGAAAGUUUUCCCAAAAAAACUUCUAGCUCUGGCAAUGCUGACCUUCAGAAUUUUUUACCUAAAGUAUCAACAAUGCUUGAUAGACUACAUUCCACAAGACAACAUCUGCAUCAAGUUUGGCACCAUCGAAAGCUAAAAUUGGACCAGUGCUUUCAACUUAGGCUAUUUGAGCAAGAUGCCGAUAAGAUGUUUGACUGGAUUGCCCAUAACAAAGGACUUUUCUUGACAAGUUACUCCGACAUAGGUGUCGGCCACAACCAAGCUCUGGAGCUACAAACGCAGCACAAUCAUUUUGCUAUGAAUUGUAUGAAUGUCUAUGUGAACAUAAAUCGAAUUGUGUCGGUAUCCAAUAGACUUGUGGAGUCUGGACAUUAUGCUUCACUACAAAUCAGGCAGAUUGCCAGCCAGCUUGAGCAAGAGUGGAAAAUGUUUGCAGCUGCUCUAGAUGAACGAAGCACACUUCUGGAAAUGUCUGCUGUAUUUCACCAGAAAGCUGAACAGUACAUGAGCAAUGUUGAUUCAUGGUGUAAGGCUUGUGGUAAAGUAGAACUUCCAUCAGAGCUGCAGGAUUUGGAAGAUGCCAUACAUCAUCAUCAAGGAAUUUAUGAGCACAUCACAGUGGCUUACUCUGAGGUCAGUCAAGAAGGAAAAUCUCUCCUGGACAAACUUCAGCGGCCAUUAACUCCUGGUAGCUCUGAUUCCCUGACUGCUUCUGCCAACUAUUCAAAGGCUGUUCACCAUGUCUUAGAUGCUGUUCAUGAGGUUUUGCACCAUCAGCGACAACUAGAAAAUAUAUGGCAACAUCGAAAGGUUCGAUUACAUCAGCGAUUGCAACUCUGCGUUUUUCAGCAAGAUGUUCAGCAGGUGCUAGAUUGGAUUGAAAACCACGGAGAAGCCUUUCUUAGUAAACACACAGGUGUAGGGAAGUCUCUUCACAGAGCAAGGGCAUUGCAAAAACGGCAUGAAGAUUUUGAGGAGGUUGCACAGAAUACUUAUACUAAUGCAGAUAAGUUAUUGGAAGCUGCAGAACAGUUGGCACAAACAGGAGAGUGUGACCCUGAAGAAAUUUAUCAGGCAGCUCAUCAGUUAGAAGACCGAAUCCAAGACUUUGUUCGACGAGUUGAACAGAGAAAGGUUUUGUUGGAUAUGUCGGUAUCACUUCAUUCACAUGUUAAGGAGUUGUGGACCUGGAUGGAGGAUUUGCAAAAGGAACUACUGGAUGAUGUCUAUGCAGAGUCGGUGGAAGCUGUUCAGGAUUUAUUAAAGAGGUUUGGGCAGCAACAGCAAACAACUCUCCAGUUUACAGUCAAUAUAAUUAAAGAAGGUGAAGAUCUUAUCCAACAAUUAAGGGAUUCUGCAAUUUCCAGUAAUAAGACCCCACACAACAGCUCAAUUAAUCACAUUGAAAGUGUUCUUCAGCAACUGGAUGAAGCUCAAUCGCAGAUGGAGGAGCUUUUCCAAGAAAGAAAAGUGAAACUUGAACUUUUCCUGCAGCUGCGAAUUUUUGAGAGAGAUGCAAUUGAUAUAAUAUCAGACUUGGAAUCCUGGAAUGAAGAACUUAAUUUACAAAUGAACAACUUUGACACAGAGGACCUCACUCUCGCAGAGCAGCGGUUACAGCACCAUGCCGAUAAAGCACUAACUAUUAAUAAUCUGACAUUUGAUGUUAUCCACCAAGGACAAGAACUUCUACAGUAUGUCAAUGAGGUGCAAGCUUCAGGAGUUGAUCUUCUCUGUGAUAGAGAUGUGGAUAUGGCAACACGAGUGCAAGAUUUACUUGAAUUUCUGCAUGAAAAACAACAGGAUUUGGAUCUGUCAGCAGAGCAACACAGAAAACAUCUAGAGCAAUGUGUUCAACUUCGUCAUCUUCAAGCUGAAGUAAAACAGGUUCUUGGUUGGAUCAGAAAUGGUGAAUCCAUGCUAAAUGCUGGCCUGAUAACGGCCAGUUCACUGCAAGAGGCAGAGCAGCUCCAAAGGGAACAUGAGCAGUUUCAACAUGCAAUAGAGAAAACUCACCAGAGUGCGCUGCAGGUCCAGCAUAAAGCAGAGGCUAUGCUUCAAGCCAAUCAUUAUGACAUGGAAAUGAUUAGGGAUUGUGCAGAAAAAGUAGCUUCACACUGGCAACAGUUAAUGCUGAAGAUGGAAGAUCGUUUGAAGCUAGUAAAUGCCUCAGUAGCUUUUUAUAAAACUUCAGAACAGGUUUGUAGUGUUCUUGAAAGCUUAGAGCAGGAAUAUAAGAGAGAAGAAGACUGGUGUGGAGGGGCUGAUAAACUUGGACCAAACUCAGAAACUGACCAUGUCACCCCAAUGAUUAGCAAGCAUCUUGAACAAAAAGAAGCCUUCCUAAAGGCUUGCACUUUGGCCCGAAGGAAUGCUGAUGUCUUUUUGAAAUACUUACACAGAAAUAGUGUAAACAUGCCAGGGAUGGUUUCACAUGUCAAAGCUCCGGAGCAACAAGUAAAAAAUAUCUUAAAUGAGUUGUUUCAAAGAGAAAAUAGAGUGUUACAUUAUUGGACACUAAGGAAAAGACGACUUGACCACUGUCAGCAAUAUGUAGUAUUUGAAAGAAGUGCAAAACAGGCCCUUGAAUGGAUUCAUGACAGUGGUGAAUUUUAUUUAUCCACUCAUACAUCAACAGGGUCUACUGUACAGCAUACUCAGGAGCUGUUAAAAGAACAUGAAGAGUUUCAAAUUACUGCCAAGCAAACUAAGGAAAGGGUAAAAUUAUUGAUACAGCUUGCUGAUGGCUUUUGUGAGAAAGGGCACGCUCAUUCGUCAGAAAUUAAAAAAUGUAUUUCGGUGCUGGACAAAAGGUAUCGAGAUUUCUCUGUGCGAAUGGAGAAGUACCGUACAAGUUUAGAAAAAGCAUUAGGAAUUUAUAACGACUCCAACAAAUCGAGUAAAAGUCUACAAUUAGACAUAAUUCCAGGCACUGCACCAGGAUGUGAAGUAAAGCUCCGAGAUGCAACACAUGAACUUAAUGAAGAAAAAAGGAAAUCUGCUCGUAGAAAAGAGUUUAUUAUGGCUGAGCUUAUUCAGACAGAAAAGACAUAUGUCAGAGAUCUGCGAGAAUGUUUGGAUACUUAUUUGUGGGAAAUAACUAGCGGAGUUGAAGAAAUUCCACCUGGCAUUGUGAACAAAGAGCAUAUCAUUUUUGGAAACAUGCAGGAAAUUUAUGAGUUUCAUAAUAAUGUAUUUCUUAAGGAGCUUGAAAAGUAUGAACAAUUGCCAGAAGAUGUGGGACAUUGUUUUGUCACCUGGGCUGAUAAAUUUCAGAUGUAUGUGUCUUACUGCAAAAAUAAACCUGAUUCCACACAACUCAUCUUGGAGCAAGCAGGAUCUUAUUUUGAUGAAAUCCAGCAGCGUCAUGAAUUGGCAAACUCAAUUUCUUCUUAUCUUAUCAAACCGGUGCAACGGAUAACAAAAUAUCAGCUUCUGUUAAAGGAGCUUUUGACGUGUUGUGAAGAAGGGAAAGGAGAAAUUAAGGAUGGUUUGGAGGUCAUGCUGAGUGUUCCAAAAAGAGCAAAUGAUGCCAUGCAUCUUAGCAUGCUAGAAGGUUUUGAGGAGAACAUUGAUUCUCAGGGGGAACUGAUUCUGCAAGAUUCUUUCCAAGUGUGGGACCCUAAAACAUUAAUACGAAAAGGCAGAGAAAGACAUAUUUUUCUCUUUGAGAUGUCUUUAGUAUUUAGCAAAGAGGUGAAAGAUUCCACUGGAAGAAGCAAGUACAUUUACAAGAUGAAACUAUUUACUUCAGAAUUAGGAGUCACAGAACAUGUAGAAGGUGACCCUUGUAAAUUCGCACUCUGGGUUGGCAGGACUCCAUCAUCUGACAACAAAAUUGUUCUCAAGGGUUCCAGUAUUGAGAACAAGCAAGACUGGAUUAAGCAUAUACGAGAAGUUAUACAAGACAGAACAAUUCAUUUGAGAGGUGCUUUGAAAGAGCCUAUUCAUAUACCCAAGACAGUAUCAACAAAACAAAAAUCUGUUAGACGGUGCAGCAGGGGAGAAGAAACAGGCGAGGGAAGCCUUGAACCUGGCCUUCAUUCUGGCACAGGCACCAAAAUAGAUCCUGAAGACUUUGACAGUCAAGGAGAUGGCAGUCAACCUGAUACAAUAUCAAUUGCAUCCAGAACAUCACAAAAUACAUUAGACAGUGAUAAGCUUUCAGGAGGUUGUGAAUUGACAGUGGUCAUACAUGAUUUUACUGCAUGCAACACAAAUGAAUUGACAGUGCGACGGGGACAGACUGUAGAGAUUCUUGAGAGACAGCACGAUAGACCUGACUGGUGCUUAGUCCGGACAACUGACAAAUCGCCAGCGUCAGAAGGAUUAGUUCCUUGUAGUUCUCUCUGCAUUGCCCACUCAAGAAGUAGUAUGGAAAUGGAAGGGAUAUUUAAUCAUAAAGACUCCAUCUCUGUUAAUGACGCUAGCCCCCCAGCUUCGUUGAAUUCAUUGCAGCCACAUAUGGUGAAUACACAAAGCUCACCAGGUCCUAAGCGACCUGGUAACACAUUGAGGAAAUGGCUAACAAGCCCUGUGAGGAGACUUAGUAGUGGAAAAGCUGAUGGACAUGUGAAAAAGAUGGCUCAUAAACAUAAAAAAAGUAGAGAUGUGCGCAAAAACACAGAUUCCAGCUAUCAAAAGGACUCUGAUGAUAGUGCAGCAACACCGCAGGAUGAGACCAUUGAAGAGCGAGUACGAAAUGAGGGGCUCAGUAGUGGCACACUUUCUAAGUCAUCAUCCUCUGGCAUGCAGAGUUGUGGAGAAGAAGAAAGUGAGGAAGGGCCUGAUGCCGUUCCCUUGCCACCUCCUAUGGCUAUUCAACAACAUAGUCUUCUUCAGUGUGAUUCUCAGGAUGACAAGACAUCUAGAUUGCUGGCACGCCCAACUAGUUCUGAGACUCCAAGUGCCGCUGAACUUGUCAGUGCUAUAGAAGAACUUGUUAAAAGCAAAAUGGCUUUGGAAGACCGGCCAAGUUUUCUUCAAGUAGACCAAGGUGACAGCAGCAGUCCAUCUUUUAAUCCUUCAGAUACAUCUCUACAAUCUUCAGCAUCCCCAAUUGAGGAGAUUGAAGAAAAGAAGUCUAGUUCCCUAAAGAGACGACAUUAUGUGUUACAGGAAUUAGUCGAUACAGAACGGGAUUAUGUGAAGGAUCUUGGUUAUGUUGUUGAGGGGUAUAUGGCACUCAUGAAGGAGGAUGGUGUUCCAGAUGACAUGAAGGGAAAGGAUAAAAUUAUAUUUGGAAAUAUUCAUCAAAUUUAUGACUGGCACAGAGAGUUUUUUAUGGGAGAACUACAGAAGUGUUUGGGAGAACCAGAACGGCUAGCACCUUUAAUUGUUAAACAUGAAAGAAGAUUACAUAUGUAUAUAGUUUACUGCCAAAACAAGCCAAAUUCUGAGCAUAUUGUUUCAGAAUACAUUGACACUUAUUUUGAGGACUUAAAACAGCGGCUGGGCCACCGACUUCAGCUAACAGAUUUACUAAUUAAACCUGUACAAAGAAUAAUGAAAUAUCAGUUACUUUUAAAGGAUUUCCUGAAGUACUCAAAAAAAGCCUGUGUAAAUGUUGCAGAAUUGGAGAAAGCUGUUGAAGUCAUGUGUGUUGUACUAAAACGGUGUAACGACAUGAUGAAUGUUGGGCGACUGCAAGGGUUUGAGGGCAAAAUUGUAGCUCAAGGAAAACUUCUGCUUCAAGAUAUGUUUCUUGUCACUAAUCAAGAUGCAGGACUACACUGCAAAGAAAGACGGGUCUUUUUGUUUGAACAAAUAGUUAUCUUCAGUGAGCCUUUAGAUAAAAGAAGAGGUUUUUCGACACCAAGCUUUUUAUUUAAAAAUAGUGUUAAGGUGAGUUGUCUUUGCUUGGAAGAAUGUAUUGAUAGUGAUCCAUGCAAGUUUGCACUGUUGGCAAGAUCUGGAGAGUCUGCUGAAAGAUAUAUUCUGAAUUCUACAUCUCCUGCUGUAAGACAAUUGUGGAUUCAUGAAAUACACAAAAUAUUAGACAACCAGCUUAACUUCCUGAAUGCCUUGGUGUCUCCAUCUGAAUACCACAACCACCACACUGAUGGAAACAAUCUUAACGGUGGGAACAAUUCCACUAGUCUUACAAAUUCAACGGGGAUUGGUAUCUCUGGCAGAAUGAGGCCAUCUCGAAUACCCCAGCCAGUCAGACAUUAUUCUUCGCUUCUGGUUUCCACUUCUGUUAUGUCUGAAACAGACAAAUCAUCAGCUUCUUUCACCAGGAGCCCUCUUCAUAAAGGCUCUUUUUGGAGCACAGUACAAGUAAAUCCUGCUAGCAUCCCAGGCUCUGCUGUUUUUCCCAGGAACAGUGAUUUCCUGCAACGCAAGGGUCCAAGACAUCACAUACACAUCAAGAACUCAGAUCGCCUCAGCACCUGCUCCUCCACGAGUGAGCAGAAAAUUCAAACUACUCAGAGUAAUGGGGAUAGAUCAUCAGUAUCAGAUAGGCAGGCGGCCGACUCCCGGAAUCCCCGCCAAUCAGCAGUUUGGAAGGUCAGCAGCCCUUGUACGAGUGCUGCCUUUUCUUCGUUGCGUACUGUUAAGGGAAAUGUUAAUUAUUGAUAUUGUAAGUAAUUUUAAUAAUCAUAAAUAGGCGUAAGUCGUCUAGUGAUGACUCUGCCUAUUUAUACUUUAAAAGAGAAACUCUGUUGCCUUACUCUACACUGAACUAAACUGUGCGACUUACUUCUACAAUGAAGGAGUAUACACUGUAUGUUAUGAAUAAAUAAAUAUUUAUUACACAAUACAAAUAGUCUAUUACGCUAUAUCUAUAUAUAUAUUUAUAUUUCAAUGGUUAUAAAUAUAUAUAUAUAUAUAACACGCACCACAGUACAGUAAACACAAUCCUAACUACACGACACACAAUACAAUACAAUUCCACCCCACAAACUAGCUAUACAAUACACUCACUUACACAAUAGCAGCAGCAGCUCCCACCCACCUGGCUACACACUGUCCCUAUGAGGAUUAACACAAUCCGGCACUGCAAGGGUUAAUUACCAAAAGGGUUAACCCAGGGUUGGUGAGUUAACACAGGGUAAUAGCUAAUGCAGGGAUUGCUGGGGAUUACAGGGGUUAAUGCUCUGCAGGGCAGGGAUGAGCAGGGCUAUGGCAGGAGUAGUCACAGCAGUAAAUGGCACGGGAGUGGACUGGGUAAUGGGAUUGGUGGCUGUGGGAUAAAGGGCUAAUGGAAUAAUGCAUUGGUGGUAUAGGGGUUACUUAGCCAUCCAAGGUUAAUGUUGCUCGUCUCUUCCUUCCCCCAGCGCUGCUUGUGCUUUUUCAAUGGGGGGAUCUUCAGCGCAGAGUGCGCUUUCCCUCUCCUAGCGCAGCCCAGCACAUGGCUGCCUGCAUUCUUUCUUCUGGGGGGGUGACCGGGUUUCUGCCUUGAGUAGAGUGCUGCCGGGUUAUUUAAACCGCACGCUUCUAGGCACGUAGGAUGAUUUGAAUCUCUUGCGCGCGCUUCCAGGCGGAGGAUGUUUUGACUCUCCCGCCUGUGAAACGCCUGCAUACUUCCUGCUAAGAUACCCGACCUACAGGGGAGGGGGAGCUCUUUGUUCCCCCGCCUUUUGUAAUGCAGAACAUAUCCGGCCUUGCCAGUGAUUUUAUCCAAGGACAGAGGAUCUAAAUUCAUUCUUUGUCCUUUGAAGUGCCCGAAACUGGACAUAAUUGUCCAAUUUUCGGACUCUCCUCAGCCAUGGGGCACCUGGAACUGGGGGGAAUCGAAGUAUAUAUACGUAUAUAUAUUAAUAUAGAUACUUGGCGCAUAUCUAUAUACAUAUAUACACACACACAAACCAGGGGUACAUAUGUACCAUCUGGACGCAUUUAGGUUCAAAUAAGUACAUAUAGUAACAUAGUAAAUAAGGCCGAAAAAAGACAUUUGUCCAUCCAGUUUGACCUGUUAUCCUGUUAUACAUACA